AGGAGCCGCAGCUCUCGAUAUUGCAUUUUAGAGGGCAUCGGUUCUUAAAUUUUAAAGGCUUUACAAGAAGACAAAAGCUUCAAUGGGCAACUAAGCAAAGCCGGACUAACCCAACUAACAGAGAAAGGCAUAUGUUUAAUAUUUAACUAAUUUCACGUUACUGGGUCCAUGAAAGAGCUGGAAUGAAGCACUACGUCGGAGUGUUGCCUGAAGGACAAUGGAUUACAUAUGGGACUUUUCUUCCUUCUAUUUUAAACUAUUGAAAAUAACCGAUUCCCUAGGCUCGCCUAUACAAGAACCCUCUGCUUAAGCUAGUGUUUGAAAAAUAAAGAAUCAUCAUCCGGGAAUAUUAGAAGAAUUCCACACAUCUGGACACCUGGAUAUUCGCAUGACCUUUCGCCUAAUGAACCUUAAGGAAACGUCACCCGAAUUAUGGUGAGAAGAAAGCUCCUGGAGAAGAAAAAAUGAACCAGCUGGAUGCAACCAAGUCAGGAUUUUUAGUGUGCAUUGGAAUUUGCAUUUGCAUUUUCACUUUCCUUUACACUAGAAAUACAAUUCCAAAAGAAGCGGAUGAAGACCAACCUUACCCAGAGUCUGCCGAAUGUGGCUUUUAUCCGGAUGAACUGUGCUCGGCUCUCUUCGAGGGGAAAGGCGCUGCCCCUCAAAUUGGACAGUUUUGUCAACAGAGUACUCACCCAUCUGAAAUCCCUGCUUGUUUACAGUCCCGGGGGAACUGUUCCAGGAUUUUUCAAGGACUACAUUUCAUAACAAGACCCUUGUCGGCAGAAGAAGGCAACUUCUCCUUGGCCUACAUCAUAACCAUUCAUAAGGAGUUAACAAUGUUUUUGAAGUUGCUCAGAGCUAUUUAUGUGCCUCAAAAUGUUUACUGCAUACACAUCGAUGAAAAAUCCCCCAAGGAUUAUAAAGCUGCCGUGCAGACUUUGGUUAACUGUUUUGAAAAUAUUUUUAUUGCAUCCAAAAGGGAGAGCGUGGUCUAUGCUGGAUUUUCAAGACUCCAGGCAGAUAUUAAUUGCAUGUCUGAUCUAGUGCAUUCCAAAAUUCAGUGGAACUACGUGAUUAAUCUCUGUGGCCAGGAUUAUCCCAUCAAAACAAACAGAGAAAUCAUACAAUACAUCAAAAGCAAAUGGAAUGGUAAAAAUAUGACUCCUGGAAUAAUUCAACCAGCUCACAUGAAACACAGGACACAUCUUAGUUACAAAGAGUACGUCCACGAAGGAACCGCCUAUGUUUAUCCAACUAAAAAAGUCAAAGAUGAACCGCCUCAUAAUUUAACUCUAUAUUUUGGGAGUGCUUACUAUAUUCUCACUAAAAAGUUUGUGGAAUUCACACUUACGGAUACUCGUGCAAAGGAUUUGCUUGAGUGGUCAAAAGACACAUACAGUCCAGAUGAACAUUACUGGGUCACUCUGAACCGGCUAAGAGAUGCUCCUGGUGCAACACCAAAUGCUGAGUGGGAAGGAAAUAUUCGAGCUAUUAAAUGGAAAGAUCAGGAAGGCGUCGUUCACAAUGGCUGUAAAGGCCAUUACGUACGAGAUAUUUGUGUGUAUGGACUGGGGGAUUUACAGUGGAUCAUUGAGUCACCUCAUCUAUUUGCCAACAAGUUUGAGCCCACAAGAUAUCCACUUGUGAUGGAGUGCUUAGAGAGGAGGUUCAGACUUAAAGUGCUUCAGCAAGCAGAGAUCCCUUCAGAAGCACAUUGGCAAUUUCAAGAGAACAGCUACUUUAAUAUGAAAAUAAACAUCUGACUUGCCAGUUCCCAAUAUCAAAAGAAUAAAGAGAGAAACCAUAUGGCCUGAGUACAAGGCAGUCAUCUCUUUCUACAAUAUGGUGCCCAUGACUAUGAAAUAAGCAGCAAGUGAAAAAUAAACCUUGGGAAUUAAAACUUC